GUAGUGAGCACAUAACAAGCCGUAGACCAUGCCGUAGACAAAUCCGGUUAUAAGAUGGCGGCGCUUACAAUGGCGAUAAAUGUUGAACUGUAGCACUCGUUAGCAACUUGCAAGGCGUUUGACACGCACUGCGUUUGGCGGUAGAAAUGAGUCAUGGGAGUGCAAGCAAGGUGGGGGAAAUUUUCACAGCCGCGGGAGCUGCGUUCACCAAGCUCGGUGAACUGGCUGUGCAGCUGUACUCUGCUUCCGAGCCAUCGCCAGCCGGGGGCAAGUGGACUGACGACGAGGUCGAGAUGCUGCGCAGUGCAGUGAAGCGCUUUGGAGACGACCUGAAUAAACUUAGCGAUCACAUAAAGAAUCGCACCAUCAGUCAGAUCAAGAACAGUAUGAAGCGUAAGGCAUAUGAGGAGGCAGGCAUCCCCAUCAAAAAGGCACCACCCAAGGCAGAAGCAGCACCACCACCUCCACAACCAACUUUAGCCGCUGGCCUGCAAGCUGCUACAAAGUCUGCUGGGCAUCCCUGUUUUGGACACGGCUUGGAUUGUCUUUGAAACGAGGAUCAGACAAGAGCUCAUUAACAUCAAGGACCCUGCAGAAGACCUUGAACUGGCCUUCACUUGCAGCUCCCACUGUGAUGUAGCCGUCCAGCGUUUCAAAUGCAGCAUAUGGCACAAUGCUUUCGUGGCUUGUCCCAUGGCGGCUGGCCUCAAGGUUAGCAUUGAGGUAGUUGGAAGCUAUGUUGGCCAGCACAGAUACCUUGGCGAGAAAGAAGCACUAUCACACCACAUGUCUUAUCAUUUGUUCAUGCUCACACUUGCUCAAAUGCCAUAUUUCUUUACCUGUACAAACUCUUCCAGUAGAGGCUUGUUAUGAAAAUGAGACGUGCAGUGUUUACCACUUGAGUGCACACUGAGCUCACGAUGCCUUUUUAUAUCCUUUCAGUUCAUCUGCAAUUUCUGGACUAGUUUAGGAGAUCGAGAACUUUGCUGUUGGUCUAACUGGUGCAGCAUAGCAGCGUGCAUUUGCACAUUGCCAUUUGCUUCACUCUGUUCAGGCUUCUAGCAAAAUGAGUUUAUAGAAUUCCCAGCAAUUACAGGAAAAGUUGAGCAGGCUUUGUGUAACAAGUGCCAGGCUCCCUGCAAAAACUCGUUAUCAACUAGUUCUCAACUGUGAUGACCUUGUUCAAGGUGUGCAGAAUGAUUUGGACAGACCUUAUUUGUAAGAACAGAAGUGGCCUCUUGUACAUACCUGCCUAAUUUUGUUUAAUCAAGCUGUUUCUCUGCGCAGUCAUCAUAAUUUUGGAGUUUCAUUUUGAGUUCCAGCUAUGAGUGUGAGGAUGACAUGUACAUUGCAUGUAGUGAAACCUCUAUGCAACGAACUUCAAUAUAACGAAGUCUAACUUUUCA